GUUGCUUGGUUUCUUUAAUGUGUUUUAUUGUUUAUUAAUAAAAGCGCGACCGAUGUGCAUAUAGCUAAUGAAUUUUAAUGGCUAUGCCUCUCCGGCUUAAUUUUCAUUUUCAGUUUUCUGUUUCUGUUUCAUUUCUUUUUUUUCGGUGCGGCCAGAAGAACGCACGUGCGUCGCUGAUUGCCAGUGCUGACUGUUAAUUAAAAGCUGUUUGAAUGGGUAUUUUAUUCAUUGGAGUAUCGCGAAAGGUAAAUGGAUAUACAUAUAGUAUACUUUAUAUAUAGCAAAUAUACAUAUACAUAUAUAUAGUGUAUAAAUUUAUAUCUACUCCAUUUAAAUGCCAAGCACCCGCAGCGACGACUCCUCCAGCUGAACGAACUGUAAUUUAUAGAGACGCUCAACGACUUUGUCUUGUCAAAUUGGAGUUACUGCCACUCCCCCUAACCGCCGACGCCCCCGCCCACCCGGUAUGCAUAAUCUUUAGCAGCUCAUAGAACAAAGCCUAAAUUAGAAUAUUAAACAUAUAACACAGCAAGCACUACAUAUACAAGGUUUUUUUUAUACCCUAGAACGGCUGGAUCUAGAAAAACAUGGUAUGAUGAAUUAGCUAAGCUUUAUGCCACAAGCAGUAUGUAUGUAGGCAUGUAUUCUUGCUCACGAUCAGAACAAGUUCGUUUUGGUAUUUUUAGACAUUCUUAUUACUUCUUAAUUUCCCACCAGUUCGGAAAAACAAUUACUUAGGGUAUGUUUUCAACGUUCAUUUGCGUCUAGAGCAUUUUUACUUGUUUUUUUUUCUGCUAUUGUUUGGUUGGUUUUUAUUUUUGUGGUUCCGAGCAGCUGACUUUGACCUUGCUGGAAAUUCCGUGUAGUACGGCUAAACAACUUGUUGUGUGUAUGUAUGCCUUAGCCUAGAUCAGGGCCUUACAGCUAGGCCAUGACUUUUGCAUCAAGUGUAUUUUAUACAGCAAAUUAAAAUGAAACCCUUAAAGAAAUGUUGCUUCUGUGUAGAUCUGCGUUGCGGUUCUUUUAUCAUCUAUGUCUUUGAGUUCAUGUUAUCAUUUUACGCCAUUUGCCUGGGUCAAUGGUCUUCUGGAAAUAAGUUCUUGAUAGUGAGUCGCUUGGGUGGCAUGAUAUAUCUGAUUGGCAAUGUGUUUCUGCUAAUGGGCAUUAUUUAUAAAUCGCCAAACUUUCUUUUGGUUUAUUUGAUAUCAAGUGGCAUACAUCUGGUGAUCAGCCUUAUAUAUUUUAUUAUAUUGGCUGCAAUAUGUAAUUUCUGUGUCUAUUUAGUUUCCUUCAUACUACUUACAAUAGUUUUCAGCGUUUACUUUUGGGCUGUGGUUUAUUCAUAUCGAGACAGAUGCAAAUGGGAACGUUCAAUAAAUUAUGACGGAGGAGCUAAACAUUAGCAUAUAAUUGAUAAAUAUAAAUACAAAUUAUAUUAUUAAAUACAUUUUUCAAAUUAAUAAAUUUCAAGUGUAUUUAAAAGUCGUCUGACUUGCCUUCAAAUCUUUUGUUUUCUUUACAUAUUAUUUUAGCAGCUUUUAUAUUCGGUGAGUUUGCUGUCUGUUGUUGUUGCUUUACUUCGUUCAUAUUUUUUGUUCUUCCUAUUUUUUCGGCGGAAUUACUUUGUUGUUAUUGUUGCCAUUUGAGCUGUUCUUGUUUGUGUGUGCCUUUUUUUUUUUUUUUUUUUUUUUUUUUUUUUUGCCAUAAUUUCACACUAAUUUGUAAAUUUGCUUUUAAUGCCAAAAACAAAGAGUCCACACCAACAAAAAUGCGAUGUUGUCUGUAAUUUUCCAAAUUUGGAGGUACAAGAAAAUCUAACUUAACAUUCAAUCGAAUGAAAUGCAAAAACUGAAGUGAAAUGAAUGCGAAAUGAAUUGUGUGCAAUAAGAACUAAACAUUGUUGUUGCUUUUGUUGCUGUUGCUGUUGCAUUUGCUUGCAAUCACUUCAUUCCGUUGCAAUUUUCAAUCACGUGCUAAGUGCUGCCAGACAAAGCAGACACGAGAGACAAUUUGUCUGGUAGUUAAGCAUGCAACAUCAAGGGGGGCAGGCAGCCUGCCAGC